GGUGAGUUUAAAUGAGCCGGGGCUGGCCGGGCCGGAGCCGCUGCGGGGGGGGCCUGAGGCACUGCAGAAAGUGGGCCUGAGCCUCAAGGAUGACGGUGCUGCAGGAACCCGUCCAGGCUGCUAUAUGGCAAGCACUAAACCAUUAUGCUUAUCGAGAUGCAGUUUUCCUUGCAGAAAGACUGUAUGCAGAAGUACACUCAGAAGAAGCCUUGUUUUUACUGGCAACCUGUUAUUACCGCUCAGGAAAGGCAUAUAAAGCAUAUAGACUCUUGAAAGGACACAGUUGUACUACACCGCAAUGUAAAUACCUGCUUGCAAAAUGUUGUGUUGAUCUCAGCAAGCUUGCUGAAGGGGAACAGAUCUUAUCUGGUGGAGUGUUUAAUAAACAGAAAAGCCAUGAUGAUAUUGUUACUGAGUUUGGUGAUUCAGCUUGCUUUACUCUUUCAUUGCUGGGACAUGUAUAUUGCAAAACAGAUCGGCUUGCCAAAGGAUCAGAAUGUUACCAAAAGAGCCUUAGUUUAAAUCCUUUCCUCUGGUCCCCCUUUGAAUCAUUAUGUGAAAUAGGUGAAAAGCCAGAUCCUGACCAAACAUUUAAAUUAACCUCUUUACAGAACUUUAGCAACUGUCUGCCCAACUCUUGCACAACAGUAGUAUCUAAUCAUAAUUUAUCUCACAGACAGCCUGAGACGGUUCUUACGGAAACACCCCAGGACACAAUUGAAUUAAACAGACUGAAUUUAGAAUCUUCCAAUUCAAAGUAUUCCUUGAAUACAGAUUCCUCAGUGUCUUAUAUUGAUUCAGCUGUAAUUUCACCAGAUACUGUCCCUCUUGGAACAGGAACUUCCAUAUUAUCUAAACAGGUUCAAAAUAAACCAAAAACUGGUCGAAGCUUAUUAGGAGGACCAACUGCUCUUAGUCCAUUAACCCCCAGUUUUGGGAUUUUGCCAUUAGAAACCCCAAGUCCUGGAGAUGGAUCCUAUUUACAAAACUACACUAAUACAUCUUCUGUAAUUGACGUGCCACCCACCGGAGCCCCUUCAAAAAAGUCUGUUGCCAGAAUCGGCCAAACUGGAACAAAGUCUGUCUUCUCACAGAGUGGAAAUAGUCGAGAGGUAACUCCAGUUCUUGUUGCACAAACACAAAGUUCUGGCCCACAAACAAGUACAACACCUCAGGUAUUGAGCCCCACUAUCACAUCUCCCCCAAAUGCACUGCCUCGAAGAAGUUCACGACUUUUUACUAGUGAUAGCUCUACAACCAAGGAGAAUAGCAAAAAACUAAAAAUGAAGUUUCCACCUAAAAUCCCAAACAGAAAAACAAAAAGUAAAACUAAUAAAGGAGGAAUAACUCAACCUAACAUAAAUGAUAGCCUGGAAAUUACAAAAUUGGACUCUUCCAUCAUUUCAGAAGGGAAAAUCUCCACAAUCACACCUCAGAUCCAGGCAUUUAAUCUACAGAAGGCAGCAGCAGAAGGUUUGAUGAGCCUUCUUCGUGAAAUGGGGAAAGGUUAUUUAGCUUUGUGUUCAUACAACUGCAAAGAAGCUAUAAAUAUCUUGAGCCACCUACCUUCUCAUCACUACAAUACUGGUUGGGUACUGUGCCAAAUUGGAAGGGCCUAUUUUGAACUUUCAGAGUACAUGCAAGCUGAAAGAAUAUUCUCAGAGGUUAGAAGAAUUGAAAAUUACAGAGUUGAAGGCAUGGAGAUAUACUCUACAACACUUUGGCAUCUUCAAAAGGAUGUUGCUCUUUCAGUUCUUUCAAAAGACUUAACAGACAUGGAUAAAAAUUCACCAGAGGCCUGGUGUGCUGCAGGGAACUGUUUCAGUUUGCAACGGGAACAUGAUAUUGCAAUUAAAUUCUUCCAGAGAGCUAUCCAGGUUGAUCCAAAUUAUGCUUAUGCCUAUACUCUGUUAGGGCACGAGUUUGUCUUAACUGAAGAAUUAGACAAAGCAUUAGCUUGUUUUCGAAAUGCUAUCAGAGUCAAUCCUAGACAUUAUAAUGCAUGGUAUGGUUUAGGAAUGAUUUAUUACAAGCAAGAAAAAUUCAGCCUUGCAGAAAUGCAUUUCCAGAAAGCACUUGAUAUUAACCCUCAAAGUUCAGUUUUACUUUGCCACAUUGGAGUAGUUCAGCAUGCACUGAAAAAAUCUGAGAAGGCUUUGGAUACCCUAAACAAAGCCAUUGUUAUUGAUCCUAAGAACCCUCUAUGCAAAUUUCACAGAGCCUCAGUUUUAUUUGCAAAUGAAAAAUAUAAGUCUGCUUUACAAGAACUUGAAGAAUUGAAACAAAUUGUUCCCAAAGAAUCCCUCGUGUACUUCUUAAUAGGAAAGGUUUACAAGAAGUUAGGUCAGACGCAUCUCGCCCUGAUGAAUUUCUCUUGGGCUAUGGAUUUAGAUCCUAAAGGAGCCAAUAACCAGAUUAAAGAGGCAAUUGAUAAGCGUUACCUUCCAGAUGAUGAGGAGCCAAUAACCCAAGAAGAACAGAUCAUGGGAACAGAUGAAUCCCAGGAGAGCAGCAUGACAGAUGCAGACGACACACAACUUCAUGCAGCUGAAAGUGAUGAAUUUUAACUUCUGCAAAUCAGACUUUUACAACUGGAUGUGUGACUAGUGCUGACAUGUUUCUUGUCCUUCCAUAUACUGAGUCUUCACUCUUGAGCCGGCAGUGUCAUCAUCCAUUACUUAUACCAUGAGUGUGCCACUUUCAUUGGACCCUGACUGUACACAGAAUGAAAGGCAGUGCAAUAUUUAGCUGCUAACAAGACUGGCUCUUUCACCAGUAUGAAUGACAAUUUAGGGGGGUAGGGUGGGGUACUUUCUUUUUUCUUUAAUCUCCCUUUGCUGGAAAACUAUCAUGGAAGGAAGAGUUAUGUUUUAUCUGAAGGAACCAUUAGACAUGGAAAAUAGUGAUGAACCAGAAUUUCUUGGUCAUUUUUUCAGAAUUUUGUUUUUAUUUGGUUCUGUUCCUGAUAAACAGAGUGACUGACCUUCAUUUCUAGGUUCUUCAAGAAUGGUGUUAGCAAGUGCCAGAUGGAACAAUAAAAGACAUUGCCUAUAACAGAAUAACUUGAUUGCCAAGGAAUGUAAAUUACCUUUAAACUUGCAGUGUCUCUCAUAAACAAAUGUAAUGGGCAUAUUGGGACUCAUGUUUAGGAAUCAAAUAUCCUCCAUACAGUGUACACUUAUUCUUGGCAAGAAUGCUUUCAUGUCUAACCAAGAAUUUUAAUUUAUUCAUCUUGCUUCAAAGUGUUGAUCAUUGUUGUCUUGGUAUCCCAAGUUUUAAAGUUGGUCCUUACCAUACUGCCCCUUCUCUGAGCUCUUUGGGAUCACCUUUACUAUUCAGAGAUGAUAGAGUGGUUGCCCACUGAGAAGCCAAAACAAGACCCUUAAUAACCAUUAAGUUCCCCAUAGGAAUCAAAAUGAGAACACUAGAGAGACUUUAAGAGAUCAUAAUAGUGAAA